GUAUCUCUAGGUUAAACGUCUAUAUCGUACUUUAUGCUUGAGUAUUUUAUGAAAACAAGCAUUAAAUCAAAAAUAGAAGAAAGCAGGAGUGUCGCGACAUACUGAGAAAGAAUGAAAAUGGCGGGGAUGGCUCAAGUUUUAUCUCAUCGAGAUACUACACACGCAGGAGAUGCAUUACUUCAACUAAAUAACCUAAGGAGGGAAGGAAUAUUAUGUGAUCUUACAAUUAUUGUUGAAGGCAGGGAAUACAAGGCUCACAAAGCUGUCAUGGCCGCUUCAAGCGAUUAUUUUUUGAAUGCCAUCUGCGGUGGAAAGACGACUGCAACCGUUACUCCUGGUGAGCACGGAUAUAUCACUGUGGAUCUUGAGCAUGUGACUCUACGAGGGUUUGUUCCACUGCUCGAAUACGCUUACACCGCAAAUCUUCAAGUUAAUGCCUCUGAUGUUAUCGAUGUACUAUCAGCUGCAAGCUAUAUGCAGAUGUUUAAGGUUGCCAAUGCAUGUUCCGAGUUUAUGAGAUCAAAUAUACUGUGGGCUCAGUCUUUACCACGCUUAGCGAAUUUUUCUGGCAUACCACCUGGACUGUUGAACGGCACAAAGCGAGGACCAGAUCGAUCGUUAUCUCCAAUUAUUUCAAACCAGCGUGUUCCAGGAUCGCUUCCAUCCGAUAUGUCAUCCCUUUUAACAGCUACGGGGAGAGCUAAUUUGGGGACUCCGCCUCUGCUAAUUCCCAUGCACCCGAUGUCAUAUGGACUGGAAAGGCUCGCCGCAACCAUGGCUGGCACUCAAAGUUUGCUUUCGCGAUCCCCUGGAAUGCCACCACGGGGUUUGACGCCAGCAAAUUCCUCGUCGUCGCCUAGCAGAAUUUCGACACAAUCUCCUCAGUCUGCCUGGCCAGUUGUUUCAUCUUCUAACACAACAAUUUCGAGUCUGCCGCAACGAAGCAUGGCACACACGGUAUCUCCAAAUGAAAAUGAUCAACGAUAUCCAUCACCAAGCCAUAUGAAUGGCAGCAGUGGGAGAAAAUCAAUGGCAAUGAAAGUUGAAGCCAGGAGUGAUGACGAAGAUUCUCGUUCAAGUUCAACCGGCAUAGAAAACAGAGAUGGCAAAGCGAAAUCCGUUAGCCCUACCGGCUCAGAACCUAUCGAAGACUCAUGGCAGGCAAUACAAAAAAUGUAUAGUAUGAAAAUGACCAAACAGGAGUCUCAAAAACGGCACCAUCCAUAUAAACCUCGAAGCGACGGACAUGACAAUGAAAGCAAUGGAGGCUCUCGGACACAAGCUUUUAGUGACACGCCGACUAAAAACGAAGCUUUGGUCACCGGCGAUGGAUCACCCUUGCGCAUGGACAUAAACAGCAACAACAAUAACAACAACAGAAAUAACGAUGAAGUUGACUUACAUCCAAUGAUUGGGGACAUGUUUCAUAAGACGAAUAGUGCAGGCAUCUCCAAAUCCCCUGUAGACGUUAUAAACAGAGUUCGAACCUCACCAAAUGUUCAUUCUGCAACCGCUGCCGCGAUAAACGGUGCCAUGCGCAGCGCAUUGCUUCAACAACAACAAUUAAUGGCAGCACAACAAAAUGGAUCAGACGCUGGCAAAAUUGUAACAUUGCCGGCUGUGCCACCUACCGGCCAAUACAUGAGCGUACGCCGAAGGACACUACAAUCUACUGUGCCCAAACCUCAUCAAUGUCAAAUAUGUGGAUCUCGAUUUACAAGAUUUCACAACUUGAAGCAACACAUCAAACUUCAUUCUGGAAUUAAACCGUACGAAUGCGAUGAAUGCGGAAAACGUUUUACCAGGAAUUACACAUUGAGACUUCACAAAAUGAAGCAUGUGGGGAUACGUAACUUCCGUUGCGGAACUUGCGACGCAUCUUUCACGAGUCUUGGAGAAUUUCGAGCACAUCUUCGACUCACUAUGCAUUCUCACGUUGCAGGCACUCCCCCACUUGGAUCACAAUCUCCAUCUCAGGGCAACUCGGAACCCGAAGAUUUAAGCUCACCUCUUUCAAUGUUAGGAGCCGCUUCGGGAACUUUAGGACAGGCUGGGAUAAAAUAUCCAUCAUAUGAUGCCGCUACUAUGAUGGAUAUCCAACGCGGGCUUCUCGGAGAACGGGCUACUCUUUUAACUGCUGCACUAGGAGGUGCAAUGAUUGCGCGAGGUGAAGCAAAUGGAAGUGUGGGAAGUAGCCUGGGAUCACCCCGAAUUAGCGAACUGUCGGAUUCGCCCGAAGAUUUAUCAACAAAAGCUCAGACAGAUAAAAAUACAGAAUUUGAAAAUAGUGAAAAAUUGCCCGGUGAGGAGUUUGUAUCCGAUAUGACGAAAAAAGAAAAUGAAGACUGUUCGCAUGAAUCAGAAUUAUUCACUGAUGAAGACAGAGAGUCUACUAAGAACGACCAAGGAAACGAUUGCUUGCCCGAAGAAGGAGAUGGAAAUAAGUCACCAUCACAAGAACACGCUGAAUCUUCAUCAUCCGAGAGAGACAUGGACGACAGAGAUCACGUAAGAGAUAGUGGCAAUGAUGAUGACGCAAAUGAUGUGAUGGAUGAUGAAAUGCACAGGAGCAGCAGCAGCGCAAACACAGCACCUAGUAAUAGUAAUACUGAGCAACCGAUGUCAUUCAUUGUAAACGCCUCAGCUUGAGAACUAUAACGUCAAUCGUUGAUAACUAAACGGGAACUGCGUCAUAUUAUAACUAAACUGGGCUAACUUUUAACGACCGAGUAUUAAGAGAAGAUGAUUUCAAAUGAAAAUUUGAAGAGGGCCACUGUACUAAUUGUUUAUUUUCAAAACAAACUGCUCUUUGCCAAACAAAACAAGAAAUUCACAUUAUAUGCCUUUGCACCAAUUAAUCGUUUCGUACAAAAUCAUAUCAAAUGUAUAGUAUUUAUCGAUAAAAUUUUGGUGAUCAAUUCAAGCAACAAAAUAUUGUUGUACUCUUAUACUAAGUGCCUAUAUUUGUCAAUACUAGUUGUCCGCAUAUGUACUCCUAAUAGGAUACAUGUUGACCAUGCACAUCUAGGGGAAUUAUUAAUUUUUGAUACGGCCUUUUGUUUCUACAGUGCCUUGUAUAUACCUACCAAUGUACUUAGUUAGUGCCUAUAUAACUGUCUUUUUUACAUUUUUUUUUCUUUUUCUAUUUUGUUGUCUGUGCUUAUUUUGUAAAGGUACUGAGUCAAUGUUGUCACAUUGAGUAAGAAAUGUGCAAAAAUUAACCCUGGAUUUUUUUGCCAACUGACAAAUACAAACUGAUAAAUACAGUCCCGAUAAACAUUCAAUUAAGAUUUUUUAUUCAAUUUCUGAGGGCACAAAUUUUCUUUAAACAAUAAUAAUGAAGUGAUUUUAGAUUUGCGGAAAAUAGGUUGGAUCGCUUGGUUUUGGAUCCUUUAAAAUGUUGUAUCUUUCCACAUUCCUACGUUGUUUUCAUGCCGAAUUUUAACUGUUUAAACUAACCUGAUAUACAAUUCAUAACUGUGAAUAAGUUUAUUUAUUACGUCAUUCCUCGUGAACAAUAUUUCCGAUACAUAAUGCUUGCUCAUACUAAUGAACACUAAUUAUUUAAAAAUAACCUACAAGCUAAUACAAUUUUAUUUGUUUAAAAUUUCAUGCAUACCUACUGAAUUUUUGCCACUAAAAACAACUUAUUUUAGUAAGAGCACAACAGUACUUCUUUGUUUAAUUAAAACAAAUAUGCGGGUUUACACUGUUUUCGUUCAACCGCUGUUCCGCUUAUAUUGUUAUUGCCUUAUUCGUGUCAUCCGCCUUGUAUAUAUAUUUAUAUAACGAUACAUGCUUUGCACCUUUUGUAGGUCUGGUACCUGUCUAUAUCAUUCCAUGAAAUUGUUAAUUUAUUUAUGUGCACACCGGCAUACUAAUAUUUUAUUUUGGUUUGUUUGGGAAUGAUAUUUUAAAAUAUUGGAUUCUACUUGGUCACUAUUUUUAAAGUCGAUGGAAAACUAGUCAAAUUUGUACGGUGUUCAGUACAUCAUAGAAUCGAAAUACUUCUUAUAUCUGUUUUAUUAGUUUCCAGUUUUGUGCCAUUAUUUUUGUUUCAUAACUAUGUGUGCCUUAUUGAUUUCCUACUGUUUAUUAUUUCUCAACGUUCUUGAGGUAGUUAUACCUAUUUUCUGAUAUUUAUUUUAUUUUCCUAAUUUUCACGAUACGUAGCAACGUUUGCACAACAAGUAGCAACACAGUACUGACCAAUGUAACGUACCCUACCCGAAAUCGUAUAAAAUUGUGCUAGUAAAAUAUUUUUACAAACUUAUCAUAUGUUGGCCAUAAAUACAAUCGGAAAUGAUAAUUCUAGCGUAUGCUCUCCAAUCGCCGACGCUAGAUAUAAGUAAGUUUUGGGCGUGUCUAUAUAUGUACAUAAUUUUUGGUAAGUAUAUGAAAGUAAUCAAACGUCGAAUGUUCAAAAACGCACAAGUUAUUAUUCUUGCAGAAUAAGAAAUCACUGAGCGCACAGCUUAAAUGCACUACUUUUCUUAAAUGUCCCUAAAUACUACAUAAUUGCUUGUAACGUACAUUUUUUCACUCUUGUAUUACAACAAACAUAGCAUUUCAUCCUGCCGCUGUUUGUUUUUUUCUAUUGGUGGAGAUUUUUCGAUUAUGUAAAGUUGGAAUUUGAAUAUAACUCCCGCGAGCGAUAUUAUGCAGGCUCAUGGCAUUACGGAAAGCCGUAAAUGUCGGAUAUUACGCCCAAUGCAAUUCUUGUGGACAAGCAUGUCGAGUUGUCGCAUGAAGAUACGAUGUAUCACCAGAUGUUAAUCUCUGAUGUCGCUGAGAUCAUCGAUUUAAAAUUAUUCCUGGAAUAAUAUCCGAGGUCAUUCAGUUCACAAACAACGGUAUCUGCUAGGCAUGACAUUUUUAUAAUGAGAUUGCAUUAAUUUAUGUCGCACAGUCAAAAAUUAAUUUAAAGAUAUACAAGUUCUAACCAAUGAACGAAAAGCAUACCUACAAAUUUACUUAUCAAUUUUUGAAAAUUUCUCAAAAAUUCGAUUUUGUUAUAGUAAACUACAUUUACUUAAUAAAUAAACUCUUAUAAAGAGCAGUUAUCUUUUAUGUUGUUUACACGAAAUAUGGCGUCAUCUAUAAAUCUGAAUUCAGAGUCGCUUGGUUCACCAAAGAAUGCAUUUCGAUAUUGCCUCCAGGUCAAAUUGAAAUAUGUUCACCAACAAUUAAUGAUUUUUGUCAUGCACAUUUCCGCAUGACGUUUUUAUAACGUCUCUUGUGAACUUGUCCAUACACAAAUUCAGAACUUUGUAAUGAAUCGAGCAAUGAUGAAAACUACUACAUUAUGUAACUACUACUAAACAAAAUCAAUAUUUGCCAAACUUGUAUUUAAAAAAUGCUGCAAUGUUUGAUAAUGAAAUGCGAUUCCUCGAAAACACUUAUUUAUGCUGUCUUUUUCCAAAGUUAUGUACACACAAUAUGAUUUUGCUUCUUUCUGAAACAAUUUGUUCAUUCCGCCGACCAUUAUACUUUGACAACGUGUGAAAUGUAUUAGAACGAACUACUGUAAAAUAUAUAUAAUGACAAAUCACUAGAUUUAUGCAUUAUGUGAUCGUGAUGUUAUAUCAGGACAAAUCGGACGAUGUUUUCUCAUACUAUAUAAACACUACAUUUUCGUGUUUUCUUUAUUUCUUCUCUAUAAUAUAGUCUGAUGUAAAGCGUAUGUAAUCCAAGAUAUGUAAUUCAUGCAAUAUUUAGUUUACCGUGAUUGUGUCGUUUGGAUGCAAGAAGGUAGCUGUCCAAGAUUCAUGAAACAUUUUCUGUUACAUUAUUCUACUACAUACGAUAUUGGUCUUUACACACACUAUAGGAAUGAACAUCACGGAACGUAUACAAUUUAUCUCGACUUUUCUUGUGGCGGUUUAACGUAGCUUAGAAACGUUAAUAUGACUUUAUCGUCAGCAGUUGUGGUAUAGUUUUUGUCUGUUUGUUGAAAGCACAAAUAAACAACAAUUAGCUCGGUAAAUUUUCAGUCUGUCCUUUUAUUCAUAUUAUAUGUUUCUGAAAUAAAAGCUCAAUCGUAGCAUA